GUAAACGCCGACUGUUGACUCUUUAGCAGGGAGGAAGAUGGCGUCGUCCAAGGUGAAGCAGGACAUGCCUCCUCCGGGAGGUUAUGGACCUAUUCAAUAUAAGAGAAAUCUGCCCAGUCGGGGUCUCUCUGGUUAUUCCAUGUUUGGCAUCGGCAUUGGGAUUAUGCUGUUUGGAUACUGGCGGAUCAUAAAGUGGAACCGAGAGAGGAGGAGAAUGCACAUUGAGGACCUGGAGGCUCGUAUUGCCCUCUUGCCACUCUUGCAGGCGGAAUCCGAUCGCAGGACACUGCGAAUGAUGCGGGAGAAUCUGGAGGAGGAGGCGGCCAUCAUGAAGGAGGUUCCUGGCUGGAAGGUUGGAGAGAGCAUGUUCCACACUGAGCGUUGGGUAAGUCCCACCACAGAGGAGCUGUACAACCUGCGGCCGCGCGAGGAGCUCAUACAGAAGAAGUUUGGCUUCCUCAAGUACAUGUAGUCCCACCAACCCCCACUGCCAUCUCCGUAACCUCUGCUGCCCCAUGUGGGCUGAGAGCAGCACCCCACCACCAUCUUAGAGAUCGAUCAAUCGGCCGCCAGCUGUCUGAUCCAGGAUGGCAGACGAGCUGUCUGUACUAACUGUAAAUGUUCAAAAUCAAAUAUUAAAUAACUUUUUUUUCUGUA